AUGUUUCGGAAGCCUUUCAACGUAAAGAAAAAUACAAAUCUACGAAACUCUGAUAGGUAUUCAUUUAAUUGCGUUUUCUUCGAGUUUCAAAAAUAAUUCAUUUUUUCAGCCGAAAAUUAUACAAUCGAUUAUGUGAGGAAAUUGGAAAUGAAACCGAAAUAACAGUUGAUAAAAAAUCACAAGUUGCUCAAGUAAAACUAGUCACUUUUCAAGGAGAUUCGAUGAAUAUUUAUCUUUCCGACAAACUUCCAAUUUUAUUCGAUUUUUCUGAAACUGGUAAUGUCUAUCCAACAGUGUUUUUCAUGUGGAAAAAUCCAUUGGCUUAUCCGGUUAUUCUUGUUCACCAACAAGUUUUGCAAUAUUUGGAAAAUGGAGCUGACCUUAUGUUACCAGGUAUUUUUGUCAGAAAUUUUGUGAUAAAGCCAAGAAAAUAAUUUUAUUGUAAGGAGUUAUUCGAAAUGAUAAAUACACAUUUCCAAAUAUUCGAAAAGGUGGUCCAGUUUGUAUUGCUCUUUAUGAUUCAUCAAAAAAUGAAGUUAUUGGUCCAAUUGCUGUUGGAUGUAGUAUGAUGUCUUCGGAAGAUAUGUUGAAAUGUGGAUUUCAAGGAAAAGGUGUUCAGAUUCUUCAUGUUUUUCGAGACACUUUAUGGUAGGUUAAAAUUGAAAGAAAAAUAUAACAAAAUAAAAAAUAUUGAAUUCAGGGAAUUUGGGCCACGUGGUCAACCAUCUUCAAUGAGUUUGGAUCAAUUUAUUAAAAUAGAAACUAUUAUUGAUGAAAAUAUUGAAGUUGAAAACAAUGAGAUUACUGAAAUUGAAAAGGUGGAAAAUGAGAAGAUAAAUAUCGAAGAUUCUGAGCCAGAAAAUAGCGAAUCAAUGGAAUCUUUGGUAAUUUUUGAUGUUUAAAAUGUUUCAGAAAAUGUUUCUUUUCAGUUACAAAGAUGUUUUUUGGCUGGAAUCAAAUAUCGUUUGAAAAAAUCUGGACAACUUCCAAUGGAUAUUGGACAGUUUUAUACACAAUGUGUUUUGUCUUGUGUACCUGAAGGUCGAAAAUUGGAUAUGAAAAAGACGAAAUACAAAAAAUUUGGAACAUUUAUUCAAGAAAUCAAUGGAAUUACGACGGAAAUUGUGAAGAUCAACAAGAAAAAUAAAGGAGCAGAAACAAUUUCAGAAAUUGUUUGGAAUCAUGAGUUAUUGCGAAGUUUCGAAUUGAGCGAUGAAAAAAUAGUUGAUGAAGUUAUUCCAAGUGCUGAUAAAUUUGAUCCACCAAUUAUUCUAGAAUUCUGCGCAGUCACUGAACCUGUUCUACCUGUUUUGGGAAAAUGUUCAAAAGGAGAUUUAUUAACAGUUCCAGAAUUACGUGAAAGAUUGACAAAUUAUAUUAAAAUUAAUGUAAGUUGAUUUGUCUAUUUAAACUAUUAUUUCAUUAUAUUUUUAUUUUUUUACAGAAUUUGAAUGCAUUAAAAUCUGUGAAGUUAGAUCCAAUUUUGGCACAAGUUAGUAAAAUCAAAUCAGAAACGACGGAUUGGAAUACUUUAAUGCAGACUAUUCAGGUAAAUCCUUUUCAAUUCCAAUUGUUUUUUUUUUUAAUUUUUAAAAAUUUAGUCAAAAAUGACGAAAACUUGGGUGAUUCGAUGGGCAGAUGGUCGAGAAUUUGUUCGAAAAAUCAAUGCUCCAAAAAUCGAAUUCAAAAUUGAAAAUCGAUCGGGUAACAAAAAAGUGACAUUGAUAAAUAAUCUAUCAGUUUUUGGUGUUGACAUCAAAACAAUUAGUCAUCAAAUUCAAGUAAGUUCAAAGAGACUAAAUAGAAAAAUAUUUUUGAUUUUUGUUGUCAUUUUAGACGGGUGUUGCAACAAGUGUAACAAGUCAAAAUGAAGCAGUUUGUUGUGAAGGAGUUCAAGUUAUUGUUCAAGGAAAUCAAAUUCAUUUUAUUUCUCAGCUUCUUCUCGAAACCUACGGGAUUGAUAAAAAAUUCAUAAUUGGAAUGGAAUUGGCACCAAAAAGAAAACGAUGA